AUGUCAUGUCUGAACACCAGCACCCACUCCCACCCUGCCACCUUCCUCCUGGUCGGCAUCCCAGGACUGCAGGAGGCCCAGUACUGGAUAGCCUUUUCUUUCUUCAUCAUGUAUGUCAUUGCCGUCCUGGGAAAUGUCAUUGUUCUCUUCAUUAUAUACAAUGAUCUGAGCCUGCAUGAGCCUAUGUACCUCUUCCUGGCCAUGCUGGCAGUCACUGACCUGGUCCUGUCCACAUCCACCCUGCCCAAAAUGCUGAGCAUCUUCUGGCUGGGCUCCAGGGAGAUUGGGUUCCAUGCCUGCCUCACCCAGAUGUUCUUUGUCCACACCUUCUUGUCAGUGGAGUCGGGCAUACUCAUGGCCAUGGCCUUGGAUCGGUAUGUGGCAAUCUGCUGCCCCCUCCGGCACUCCAGCAUCCUGUCCGUCCCAGCCAUAGUGACAAUGGGGAGCCUGGUGCUGGCACGUGGGGUCCUUCUGGUGAGCCCCUUCUCCCUCCUUGUCCUCAGGCUGCCCUUCUGCCAGCGCUGCCUCAUCUCCCACUCAUACUGCGAGCACAUGGCCGUGGUGAAGCUGGUGUGUGGGGAUGCUACAGUCAGUGUCAUUUACGGCCUGUUCGUGGCUUUUAUGGUGGGGGGGGUUGACCUGUUUGUCAUCACUGUGUCCUAUGCUAUGAUCCUCCAGGCCGUACUGAGAGUCCCGUGCACAGAUACGCGUCUCAAGGCCUUCAGCACCUGUACGUCCCACUUGUGUGUCAUUCUGUCAUUAUACAUCCCUGGCCUCUUCACGUUCCUCACCCACCGCUUUGGCCACAAUGUCCCCGACUAUGUCCACAUCCUGGCUGCCAAUCUCUACCUGCUGAUGCCCCCCAUGCUAAACCCUGUUGUGUAUGGUGUGAAAAACAAACAGAUCCGGGAGAGGGUUCUCCAUAUCUUCAAUCAGAAAGGAAUCAGAGCAGUGUGUGCCUGUCUAAUUUAA